AUGGCAGCUACUUUUUCGUGGAAAGACAUCACUGUGGAGGCCGGCGAAAAGCGGCUAUUGGAUAAUGUCAGUGGUAUUACAGCGGGAGGUACACAUGGUGGUGGAACUCUCACUGCUCUCAUGGGACCUUCUGGGUCCGGAAAAACUACCCUACUUCUGGUCCUUGCGAGACGAACCGGUGGACUUUCCUCCUUCGAGGUCACUGGGGAUGUCAGGUAUAACGGCCAAUCUGCCACUCCGGCGCUUUUAAGGCAAGUUUCUCGCUUUGUGGAGCAGGAAGAUCAUUUGAUUGGUCUGUUAACGGUCAAAGAAACUGUUGAUUUUGCGGCCAAAAUGCUGGAUCAAAAAACAAGUCUUCUGACUCGAGCCGAGCUUGUGAAUGACAUUAUAGAGUUGUUGGGUCUUACAAAGCAAGCGAAUACCAAGGUGGGCACACCACUUCAAAAAGGUCUUUCAGGCGGUCAGAAGCGUCGCUUAUCCGUUGCAAGUCAGGUAGUUACGAAACCACGCCUCUUGUUUUUGGAUGAGCCCACUUCAGGUUUGGAUUCGAAGGCAUCAUAUGAGGUGGUUCAGACUCUCAAGCAGCUAGCUGUGUCUGAAAAUGUUACCGUGAUUGCUUCCAUCCACCAGCCUUCAACACUGACUUAUGAACUUUUUGAUAAUGUCAUGUACUUACUGGAGGGCCGCGUGGUUUAUACUGGUACUCGUGCUGGAGUAGUUGAUUAUUUUAAAGAUGCUGGAUAUCCCAUUCCCCCACACCACAACCCAGCAGAGUACAUUCUUGAUUUGACAAAUACAGAUUUCUCCAGCGACGGCUCCAAUAAGCGAGAAAUUGUGGACCAUUUGGUGGAUUUUUUUGCCGCCCGCAAAAGCGAGGAUAUAUUCCAAGACAGCGAUGAAUUUGAAAAGAGUGGUGACUUAGAUGUUGCCAAACAGCUCCCAUGUAUCUCACAGGCCAACAAAGUUACGAAUCUUCUACUCCGGUCUUUCAUCAAGGCUCGCCGAGACUACCUUGCCUACUAUGUUCGGAUUGUCAUGUAUCUUGGCUUGGCGGUAAUGAUGGGUACAGUUUGGUUACGACUCAGCUACUCACAAAAGAGCAUUCAGCCGUUCAUAAAUGCCAUUUUCUUCUCUGGAGCAUUCAUGUCGUUUAUGUCUGUGGCAUACAUCCCUGCAUACCUUGAGGACUACUUUGCGUACACGAAGGAACGUGCCAAUGGAUUAUACGGACCAUUACCCUUUGUUUUGUCCAACUUCAUAAUUGGGUUACCAUUUUUGUUCUUCAUUUCCCUCAUGUUUGCAAUUGUCACAUAUUUUAUGUGCAACUUUAGACACUCGGGCUCGGGUUUCUUCAUGUAUGUGCUCUACCUCUUCCUUGAUUUGGUAGCAGCUGAGUCACUAACCAUCUUGAUUGCCACUAUCUUUCCCAUCUUUGUGGUGUCCUUGGCCCUUACUGCAUUUGCCAAUGGACUUUGGAUGGCAGUAGGAGGAUUUUUGGUUUCCGCCAAUGUAUUGAACAAGUUCUGGUACUACACCUUUUACUGGGUUGAUUAUCAACGCUAUGUCUUUCAAGGAAUGAUGUUCAAUCAAUUUAAAGACACAGUGUACACUUGUGGUAUGGGUUGUCAUUGCAUGUACUCUUCUCCUUUGGAAAAGGUAUGUAAGAUCGAUGGUAAUGCAGUUCUUCAAGCAUUAGGGUACGGUAAAGAGCAACAUGGACUUUGGAUUGGGCUUCUGAUAGCCCUCAUUUUUGUGUUGCGUUUUGCGAUUUAUAUAGUAUUACGCCUAAAAAAGUAA